CCCCAUCUCUCUCUGUGCCUGCCGGAGGGGCGACUGCUCAGUCCCCACAGACGCGGAACGGCACACCUCCACCUCCACUACCACUCCCCCCUUCCCCACAGUAAAAGCGAGCGUCCUCGGUCCCUCCUCGGCGUCUCCGAGGCGCACUGGCCGGCUAAACCCUCUCCCUUUCCUUCCUCUCUCCGGCCGCUCCGCCGCUGCUAGGGUUUUAGGGCGCCGGUUCGGGGAAGGCGGGCGCCCCGGCGGCGGCGACGACGACGACGGCGGGGGCGGCGCCGGCGAGGUGGAGCGUCUGAGCGAUGGAGGAGGAGGACCAAUCGGCAGUGCUGGUCGCUGAAGGUGCCAUCAAGAGCAUAAAGCUCAGCCUCUCCACCGAGGAGGAGAUAUGUACCUACUCUAUAAAUGACUGUCCUGUUACUCAUCCUAGUCAGCUUGGGAAUCCUUUCCUUGGCUUACCACUGGAAACAGGCAAAUGCGAGUCAUGUGGUGCCACGGAAAACGGCAAAUGCGAAGGGCAUUUCGGGUUCAUUGAGCUGCCUGUACCUGUAUAUCACCCGUGUCAUGUCAGUGAGCUUAGGCAACUACUGAGCAUGGUAUGUCUGAUGUGCCUUCGUAUCAAGAAAGGAAAGGUUAAACAGAAGAAUGGAAAGGAAAAUGUGUCGGUAACGGCAUGUCAUUACUGUCGGGGUCUCCCGGCACUAUAUCUGAAGGAAAUCAAGACAGAAGAUGGUGCAUUUCGUUUAGAGUUGAGAGCACCCCCAAAGAAACACAUGACAGAACGCUCUUGGGACUUCCUAAACAAAUAUGGGGAGUUUCACCAUGGUGGAGCCUCUCACUGUAGGACAUUGCUUCCAGUAGAGGCUUUUAAUAUAUUAAAGAAGAUUCCGGAUGACACGAAAAAAAAGCUAGCUGCACGGGGAUUCAUUGCUCAGCCUGGAUAUGUAAUGAAAUAUCUUCCAGUGCCACCUAACUGCCUCUAUAUUCCAGAAUUCACAGACGGGCAGAGCAUCAUGUCCUAUGACAUCUCUAUAUCUUUGUUGAAAAAGAUACUUCAAAAGAUAGAGCAAAUAAAAAAAUCAAGAUCUGGUUCCCCAAACUUUGAGUCACAUGAUUCUGAAUCAGCUGAUCUGCAACUUUCUAUUGGCCAAUAUAUACAGCUCAGGGGAACUACAAAGGGUCCUCAAGACGCAAAGAGAUUUGCAGUUAGCACAGAUUCAUCUCAUUUGUCAACAAAGCAAUGGCUCGAAAAGAUGAAAACACUUUUUAUCAGCAAAGGAUCAGGAUUUUCAUCACGCAGUGUACUUACUGGAGACCCGUAUAUUGGAGCAGAUGUAGUUGGACUGCCUUCUGAAGUGGCAAAAAGAAUUACUUUUGAAGAACAGGUUACAGAUAUCAACAUAAAUAGAUUGCAAGAGGUUGUUGACAAGGGAUUGUGUUUGACUUAUAGAGAUGGUCAAACAACAUAUGCAAUCACUGUAGGAUCAAAAGGAUAUACCACUCUUAAAGUGGGUCAAACGAUCAGUAGAAGAAUCGUUGAUGGUGAUGUUGUGUUCCUUAACAGGCCACCUAGUACUCACAAGCAUUCUCUCCAGGCAUUUACUGUAUACAUCCACGAUGAUCAUACCGUCAAAAUCAACCCCCUUAUAUGCUCUCCUCUUGCAGCAGAUUUUGAUGGUGAUUGUGUGCAUAUUUAUUAUCCUCAGUCACUUGCUGCUAAAGCGGAAGCAUUGGAACUUUUCAGUGUGGAGAAGCAACUGACUAACUCACACAACGGAAAAGUAAAUCUCCAGCUAGCGAAUGACAGCUUGCUUGCUCUGAAGCACAUGUCUUCUAGAACCAUGUUAAGCAAAGAAUCAGCAAACCAGCUGGCAAUGCUCCUGUCGCUUUCUCUUCCUCCCCCUGCUGUGGUCAAGUCUAAGCCAUGCUGGACAAUCGCACAAAUAAUGCAAAGUGCGUUGCCAGCAGAAUUGACUUGUGAAGGGGAUAGAUUCCUAGUUAGGGACAGCACUGUUAUAAAACUGGAUAUUGACAAAGAAUCCGUUCAGGCCUCGUUUUCGGACUUGGUGUCCUCCAUUCUUGCUGUUAAGGGACCAGGAGAUGCGCUCAAGUUUUUGAAUGCGCUGCAACCCCUUCUGAUGGAAUUCUUGCUUCUGGAUGGCUUUAGUGUAAGCCUGCAAGAUUUUAGUGUACCCAAGCCUUUGUUGGAAGAAGCACAGGAGUGUAUUAAAAAGCAGUCUCUUGUACUGGAGCAGUCAAGGUGCUCGAGUAGCCAGUCUGUGGAAACAAGAGUUGACAACAAUCUGAAGGAUGUCAAACAACAAAUUGCAGAUUUUGUCGUGAAAUCCUCUCGUCUUGGUCUUCUAAUUGACCCAAAGAGUGACUCUUCAGUGUCAAAAGUUGUUCAACAGCUUGCUUUUGUUGGUCCGCAGCUCUACCGCGAGGGGAAGUUCUAUUCAAGGCGUCUGGUGGACGAUUGCUUCUCAAGUUUUGUCAAUAGACACCCACCGAUUGAAGAUGGAGUUCAACACCCACCAGAGGCGUAUGGUCUUGUGCAAAGUGCAUAUUUUCAUGGUCUCAAUCCUUAUGAGGAGCUAGUACAUUCUAUAUGUACAAGAGAAACUAUUGUCCGCUCCUCAAGAGGGUUGACAGAACCAGGAACUCUGUUCAAGAGUCUAAUGGCCAUCUUGCGAGACGUAGUUAUAUGCUAUGAUGGAACUGUGAGAAACAUCUGCAGCAAUUCAAUCAUGCAGCUGAAGUACAAAGAAGAAGAUGACACAGAUUUUCCAAGUGCUAUAGCUCCUGGAGAACCGGUGGGUGUCUUAGCUGCCACUGCUAUCUCCAACCCUGCUUAUAAGACUGUCUUGGACUCUUCUCAGAGUAAUAAUACUUCAUGGGAGUUGAUGAAGGAAAUACUUAAGACAAAAGUUAGCUAUAAAAAUGAUGCGAAGGAUCGAAAAGUUAUCCUGUUCCUGAAUGACUGCUCUUGCCCCAAGAAAUUUUGCAAAGAGAAGGCUGCUAUUGCAGUGCAGGGUUGCCUAAAGAGAGUCACACUAGAGGAUUGUGCCACUGACAUCUGCAUCGAGUAUAAGAAACAAGUUAGUUUAGAUGCAAUUUCAGAAGCCACGCCAGCAUUUGUUGGCCAUAUUCAUCUUGAAAAGGCACAUUUAGAAAAGAUAAACGUUAGCACUGAUGAGAUUCUUCAGAAAUGCCAAGAAGUUUCUGGGAAACAUGCCAAUAAGAAAGGAACUCUUGGUCACCUGUUUAAAAAGAUUACUUUCUCUACUUGUGAUUGUUCAUUUGCGCAGAAGCCGGGUGAUGGGAAGGUUCCAUGUUUGCAGUUCUCUUUUUCUGAGGACAUCCCUAUGUUAUCUGAUUCCGUUGAGAAAGCAGUGAAUGUGUUAGCCGAUUCUCUCUGUGGUGUGCUUCUGGAGAUAAUCAUAAAAGGUGAUCCUCGAGUUCAAGAGGCUAAAAUUACGUGGGUUGGGUCUGAUGCAACGUCUUGGGUUAAACAUACAAAGAAGAUAUCAAAGGGUGAGCCAGCAGUAGAAAUUAUUGUUGAGAAAAAGGAAGCUAUGCAGAACGGUGAUGCAUGGAGAAUUGCCAUGGAUGCAUGUAUACCAGUCAUGAACCUCAUUGACACACAAAGGUCAAUUCCUUAUGGUAUUCAGCAAGUGCGAGAACUUCUUGGCAUAUCAUGCUCCUUUGAUCAAGUUGUUCAGCGCCUUUCGAAAACCAUGAAGACGGUUGCUAAAGGAAUUCUGAAGGACCAUUUGGUUCUUGUGGCAAACAGCAUGACAUGCACUGGGAACUUGAAUGGGUUCCACAAUGGUGGUUACAGGGCGACCUUUCGUUCAUUAAAAGUUCAAGUACCUUUUACAGAGGCCACCUUGCUUACCCCUAUGAAAUGCUUCGAGAAGGCUGCUGAGAAAUGCCAUUCUGAUUCAUUGGGUUCUGUGGUCUCAUCCUGUUCGUGGGGCAAGCAUGCAGCACUUGGUACUGGGUCAUCUUUUCAGAUUCUUUGGAACGAAAAUCAGCUGAAAAGCAACAAGGAAUAUGGUGAUGGCCUGUAUGAUUUCCUGGCCUUGGUGAGGACCGACCAAGAAAAGGCUGCUUACACAUUCUUGGAUGAUGUGGACUACCUUGUUGAAGACAACGCAAUGGAUGAUAUUUGCUUAUCACCAGAAAUGGAUGGGACCCAUGGUAUGCCCACUUUUGAAGAUGAUCCUGAACAGCAAAAUACUGAGAAGGACAGCUCAUGGGAAAAUGGCACAACGGCGGGUGCAAGCUGGGAACGAAAUGCAAAUGCUGGGAAUGAUUCUGGUAACUGGGGAGGAGGCUCAACAGUGGAGAAUGAUUCCACUGAUUGGGCAGGCUGGGGCACUGGACCUGCAAAUGACAAAAAGAUUGUAUCCGGAGAACCAGCUGAACCCGACACUUGGGCUGACCAGGGUGCUAAAAAGGAUACGGAAGGAGGCUGGAAUAAUGCAGCUGCAGCUGCUGACACAGGAGCUGCAAAACCAGCAGAGCAAGACAAGUCAUGUUGGAAUGCGCCCCCAGCAGUGGAGAAUGAUUCCUCUGGUUGGGGAGGCUGGGGCACUGGAAACGCAAAGGACAAAAAUAUUGCAUCUGAAGGAUCAGCUGAAGUCGAUACUUGGGCUGAUCAGAGUGGUAAAAGGGAUACUGAUGGAGGUGGUGCUAACUGGGACAAAAUGAAAGUGAAGGAUCACAAUAUGCAGCAAGACCAAUGGGGUCAUGUGCCAUCCCAGAAUGUUGAUGCACAGGAUGAUCCAUGGGGGAGUGUAGCAGGUGUGGCUCAACCUUCUACCGCAAAGCAUAUUGAUGCACAGAAUGAUUCCUGGGGGAGCGUGGCAGCGAAAGCUCAAACUUCUACUGCAGAGCCUAUGGACGCAGGGAAUGGUUCCUGGGGGAGUGUGGCAGCGAAGGCUCAGACUUAUACUGCACAGCAGGAGUCCUGGGGUAAUGUGUCUGCUUCACCAUCAGAUAAUGCGUGGGGUGCUGCUCCAGUUUCCCAGGGACCUGAUAACUCGGAUGCAAAGCAGCCAGAUUCUUGGGAUGGCUGGGGUUCUGCUGCUCCAGUUUCCCAGGGACCUGAUAACUCGGAUGCAAAGCAGCCAGAUUCUUGGGAUGGCUGGGGUUCUGCUGCUCCAGUUUCCCAGGGAGAUAAUUCAGAUGCAAAGCAGCCAGAUUCUUGGGAUGGCUGGGGUUCUGCUCAAGCCGAUGACUCGAGUACUGAUAAAUGGAAGACCAAUGCUUCUGGCAACAACAAAGGCUGGAAAUCAGAUGGAUGGGAGGCCAAAGAAAACCGGAGGGACCAAAGAGACAAUCCAGGCAGGCCUCCAAUAAGACCUCCUGUUGAGAGGCCACCAAGGCCACGGUACGAACUGCCAGCUGAGGCGAAAAAGGUUCUACAAGAAAUUGAACCCAUUGUAACAAUGGUCAGAAAGAUCUUCCGUGAAUCAAGUGAUGGCAUAAGGCUUCCCCUGGAGGACGAAAAGUUUAUCAUAGAAAAAGUUCUGGAGCACCACCCUGAAAAGGAAAAGAAGGUGUCUGGUGAAAUUGAUCAUAUAAUGGUCAACAAGCACCACGUUUUCCAGGACAGCCGGUGCUUCUAUGUUGUGUCAUCAGAUGGGACCCAAACAGACUUCUCCUACAUCAAGUGCAUGGACAACUACGUGAGGAAGAACCACGAGGAGCACGCCGAGCUCAUCUGCGAGAUGCACUUCAAGAAGCGCAACCGCGAUCGACCACCAACGGUCGACGGAGCCGCGGCACCAGCCACUGAAGCCGGGGCGUCUCAGCCGGCUCCGGGUGAGGACUUGGAAGCCGCUCUGCCAGGCCCACCGCCAGGAACUCCACCUCCUACAGCGAUCACCCAGCACGAGACUCCAGCUUCUCCGGCUGCGGCUCCAGAAGAUGAUCUGCCUCUGCCUCCUCCCCCUCCACUGACCCAGCAUGAGGAUGGAACGCCAGAAGAUGAUCUGCCGCUGCCUCCUCCUCCUCCACUGCCCCAGCAGGAGGCUGGAACGCCAGGUUCAGCGGCAGCGGCAGGAGCCGUCGAUGACAAGUGGGCAGGGGCCGGCGAUGACAAGUGGGCGGGAGGCGCCGAUGACAAGUGGGUCUAGUGGUUGCUUAGGGUUUCGAAAUGAACUGAACUGGUUGUACAUACUGCUCGUAGCGUCCCGUGCUGAAAAACCUUUCUGCUUGCCCUGACAGACUUGAUGUAGAGGGUUGGUGGCAGUAGCCGUUGUUAGACCUGAUGAUGGGCUGCGUUUCCAGUCGUAUGCGAUGCGUCUUCCGGAUGAACCCUGUAAAUUCUGGGAGGUCGCCCCGUGUGCUGCCUAUGGUAAUCGCGACUAGUUUCGACC